AUGGAAGGAACUGGAGGCAGCAGUGCCUCGGCUGCUGCACCCGUGAACCAAUGGUGGCAGGAAUUGGCGAAGCUAUUUCAAUAUUAUCUGGAUAAAUCCACACCACAUGCUACGUAUAGAUGGAUUGGGAGUUUGGUUGUUGUGGCAAUCUUUGUUUUGCGGGUUUUUUAUGUCCAAGGAUUUUACAUCGUGUCUUAUGGAUUGGGAAUCUACCUACUGAAUCUAUUGAUUGGGUUUCUGUCACCGUUGGUCGAUCCUGAGCUGGAGCCCUCUGAUGGACCAUUGCUGCCGACUAAAGGUUCUGACGAGUUCAAACCGUUCAUUCGCCGACUGCCUGAGUUUAAGUUCUGGUAUUCUUUCACAAAGGCUUUCUGCAUAGCAUUUGUGAUGACUUUCUUUUCUGUAUUUGAUGUUCCUGUCUUCUGGCCAAUAUUACUCUGUUAUUGGGUUGUUCUGUUUGUUCUUACAAUGAGGCGCCAACUUGCACACAUGAUCAAAUACAAAUACAUACCAUUCAACAUUGGAAAGCAGAAGUAUACUGGCAAAAAAUCUUCCGCAAGUAGCAGUGGCAGUCGUGCAGACUGA